AUGACCGGAAUGUACGGUAUAGGUCAAUUGGCUUCCUCUCUCCCACUCAAGGUGAUGAACGAUAGACAACCCUACAACUACCUCACUCCAAUCUACACCGAAUGGGCGAUGCUCGGUCUGAUGGCUAUCGUAUAUAUAUGUAUUCCCGAAUCACCCUUCUGGUGUGCUACUGCGGGUAAACAUGAUAGGGGAAGAGCCGUUAUCAGGAGAUUGAAUGGUGGUAUAGAAGGGUACGACGUGGAUUAUCAUUACGAUAUCAUCAAACGAUCAGUCGAAAAGGAGAAGUCGUACCAAAAAGAGAUUGACGGAGAGAGUCAUGGGUUUAUUCAAGAACUCCGAAAUGUCAAAGAGGUCUUCAUCGGGGUCAAUGGGUUCCGUACUCUUAUUGCCUUCUGGCCAGCGUGUGUUCAGCAGAUCGGUGGUCUGGCAGUACUUAGUAACUAUUCGUCAUAUUUUGCUCAACAGGCCGGCUUCGGAGAUCCAUUCUUGUUUUCUCUCUUACUCGCCCUCGUCGCCAUUGUCUGUACACUUGUCGAAGCGAGUCUCAUCGAUCUCAUCGGACGUCGAUCUCUGUUUCUGCUCGGUGCGGUGACGUCGUGGGUCAUGUGUAUGGUAGUGGGUGGACUGGGUAUUAUGUCUAAUCGAUCGGCUACCGUGAACAGGCUAGUGCUCGCAUUCUCGCUGUUCUGGCGACUUGGAUCGACCCUUCUUGAUAGUCUGGGAUGGGCCUACGUCGCUGAAACAGGGUCUUCCCGACUAAGAGCCAAAACAGCCGGUAUCGCAGCAGCAGGCGGUGUAUGUCUCGGAUUGGUUACUCAUACUUCCGUGCCGUAUAUGUUGAACAACACUGGAGCAAAUUGGGGACUGAAACCUGCGUUCUUCUUCGCUGGAAUCUCCACUCCAUUCGUUGUCGCUUCGUUCUUCCUCAUCCCGGACACAUCAAGAAGAACCGCUGCGGAAUUGGACGAGAUGUUCAGAAAGAAGGUCAAGCCUUGGAGAUUCAGAUCAUACGUCUCUGAUGCACAGAAGGCGUUGAACGAGGAGAGGGAGAGGGGCCAGCAGGCCCAUGCUACUGCUUAG